GUUAAUCGAGAGAAGAAUCAUCCCGAGCUCGAGCAGAGUUUUCGGCCUUUCUAGCAUAUUUUCAUUUACCUGGUAAGUACAGACAUGUGAUCUCUUGGGUAACUGCAAGGAAACGUGAUGAUGAUUGCUAUGCCCUGCCCUAUGUGAGGCUGUUCUCUGAACACCCGGGACUUUGUUUUAUUUCUCAUAAAUUAUGACGAUUCGCGAGAAAGAAAAAACCAUUUGGCAGAGAAGAAGAUCGGGCCCGUGAUUCAACGAAGGCAGCUUGAAAGGAGGAAAAAGAAGAAUUGACUCCAAGCACAAAGAAAGGAAGCAUGUUCUUCAAAGAGUGUAGAAGGGCUACAGAGUAUGGGGGUGAUUAUAGAGUGGCUGUUUUCAUUUCUUUAUACCUGCCUUUAGCCUCAAGUGCAACUGUAAAAAAUGUAACGAUCUUUUUUCUUUCAUUCAGAUUACUCUCAGGGACAUCAUAGUUAUUUCUAUAGCCACCGUUUUAGACCUCAAGGGCUUUCCUUUCUCUUCAAUCGACCAGUACAGUGUUCCUGUCAAUAUGAACCAUCAAAUUUCGGAUACGGCCUACAAAUAUCCAGAUGCAUGCCCAAAACACGGCUACAACCUCGAAUGGCGCACAUGUCUACGCUGUGAUGCCAUCAAGCUGUACAACCAGAACUCUAUAGCAAGUUUUAUAGAUCUCGGCGGCAAAUCCAGUCUAGAAUCUAAUCGGCAAUAUUCGGAAGCAACGAGGCCAGCGGUGGAAAACUUCCCCACGGAGGAUCAUUAUGAUUCUGUCUCAUUUGACGGUCCCAGCAACUACUCCGAGCGUCUUGUAUUGACUCCCAGCGACGGCAUGGGUGUUGCCAACGAUAAAUCAUCAAAACCCUGUAAGAGACGUAAUCGUUUGCACAAAAACGCUAAGAUUAAUUCUGGAAUCGCGGAAGGGGAUGUCGAGAAUGAGAUAGAGUACCUUCCGCUAUUUGACGAAAUGCCCCAGGAGUCCCAAACUGGAUCAUUUAGACGUCGAGACACGAAUGAAAAGCGUAGGGCCAGUGAUCGACAUGUCAGUUUCGCAGAAUAGGCUCAAUCAAGGUAUCCUGGUGUAGUAGGUCUUAAUGUCGUCUGAUGUGGGGCUGGAUUGACGGAAAUUCGAACUGGGAUAUAUAAUAUUGACAAUUUCUUAUCAGAUAAUAAUUAUAAUUAUCA